AUCUGCCCGCCCCGCCUCCUUCUACCCUGCCCCGCCCCCGCCUCGCCCUUCGGCGCGGACUUCCCGGCCGCCGUCGCCCUGUUCUCGGCGGAGCCCUGGGGGACGACAAGAUGGCGCUGGACGGCGGCUCUGGGCUGGUUGGGGCCACCGCAGCAGCAAAUCCCUUGUCGCGCUUCACGUGCCCGGUGUGUCUGGAGGUGUACGAGAAGCCGGUGCAGGUGCCCUGCGGACACGUUUUUUGUGCUCUUUGCCUGCAACAGUGUCUGAAACCGAAGAAACCUGUUUGUGGAGUCUGUCGAAGUGCUUUAUCUCCAGGAAUCAGAGCUAUGGACUUAGAAAAGCAAAUUGAAGCAACGGAGGCAACCUGUAGUGGCUGCAAGAAAAAUCUGGUUCUGUCAAAAAUGCGUAACCAUGUGGCUUCCUGUUCCAAGUAUCAGAGCUACCUAAUGGAAGGUGUUAAGGCUACUACUAAGGAUAUGGCACAUCAGCCAAGGAAUAUUCCUAACAGAUUCACCUUUCCAUGUCCUUAUUGUCCUGAGAAGAACUUUGAUCAAGAAGGACUAGGUGAACACUGCAAAAUAUACCACAGCACGGAUACUAAAUCAGUGGUUUGUCCAAUUUGUGCCUCAAUGCCCUGGGGGGACCCAAAUUACCGGAGUGCUAAUUUCAUGGAUCACAUUCAGCGCAGACAUCAAUUUUCCUAUGACACUUUUGUGGAUUAUGACGUGGAUGAAGAUGACAUGAUGAACCAGGCUUUGCUACGUUCCUUAAUAGAUAAAUGAACUCAAAAUUUGUUUCAGAGUUUUUUUGGAUUAUUUUUCCCAUCCUAAGGUUUACAUAGAAGAACUAGAAGCAACAUUAUCUUUUUUUUUUUAAGCCCUUACCUUGUGUUGUAGCAUCAACUCUAAGACUGAAGGGCAAGGACCAGGCAACAAAGAGUAUUAAGAGAGUUGCCCAGGGUCACACAGCUAGGAAGUGUCUAAGGCCAGAUUUGAAUCCAGGUCCUCUUGACUCCAGGCCUGCUGUUCUAUCUACCAUUCUCCUAACUGCCCCUAGCAGUAUCUUUUCUUAUGGGCAUGGUUACAGCAAGGAUCAUGGUCAGAACCCCAUUUUUUUGUGGCCUUCGAAACUCUUGACUCCAUCUUAGCUCCCUCCUUUUUGGCAGGUUUUGGUAUCUUGCACUUCUAAUUUCUACUCUACGGUGAUAACUGUAGAUAUGUAAAUAACUGGUAUUUUUUUCUUUUACUUCUCUUGCUUUUUAUUUUCAUCUCUUCCAGUAUUUACUGGUUACUUCAUAUAUAAACUGGUCACGUUGUAAGUUGUAGCAAAAUAGAGAUAGCAGAAAGUCUAACUUCUUGUCCAUGGAGCGACGAUAAAGCACUGAGUGUUUCAUCAGACUUUGAACUAGGAUGGCCUAUUGGCCUUAUUUGCCUAAGGCUGGGAUUAAUUUUCCAGUAAAGUUCUUGAAAACCCUUUUAAGAGUAUUUAGUAGGGUUUAUAGUGUUGUGAAUGAUAAAUUUUUAUUACAUUUCCAUACUACCCAAGCACACCUAGAAUUUCAACUGAUUCAUAGUCUUAAAUUUAAUGCCUACUGGUACUGGAUAGGAUAAAAUGUAACUGACCUCUUUUAUCAGCAUAAGUAAAUGUUUCUAGGAUUAAAGAGUAAAAUUCUUAAUCCUUGCAAAUGGAAAGGAACAUUUUUUUUCAGAGUACUGGUAUUUUUCAGGUGUGUCUUGUUACUUUCUUGGCCUAUAGACCAUGUAGCAAAGUGUUAAAACAAAAAUUUCAGAACAUAAGAGCUUUCCGAAGGAAACUGGUGGAAAGAGAUUAUUAAGUUCUGCUGUAUGACAGUAACUCUGUCACUAGACUUUCUGUACCAUAGUUGGAACCCAGAGUUUGGGUUUUUUUCCUAAAAGUAAAUUAUAUAAACUGAGAAAUUUUUGUUUUAUUUCUUGAAUGGUUUCUUUGUGGAAUCAGUUUCAACAGAGAAAUCUACAUAUAAAAUGUCACUUUGAAUUCAUGAAAACAGAAUUCUUCGUGAAAUUCAUGAAAAUAAAAGAACUCAAUGCCCUCAGGCAGACCCUAUUAACUGGAGGUAACAGAAGCAAAAGUGUUAUCUUCAAAAAAAUCUCCUAAUAUAUAGAACAUUGUAAAUAGAAGUUCUUUGCACACAGUAGAAAAUGUUGUUUUAUUAAUCAUCUGGAUUUCAAGAUUCUUAUUUCCUUUUUUAUUCCAGGAAACCUGCUUUGGAAACUGUUCAGGGAACUUGAAGUUCAGCAUACUUUGCUAAUAUUAAUAAGCACAAGGCCAAAGCGCUUUGAGCCUCUUCUGUAAGAGCUGAGCUCUGCUUGCCUCCUAAUGAGCAAAAGGAGGAUGGAACCAGAUCAAGUUGUGAUCUCGUUCUUUAGAUUUCAUGUCUAACUGCUGGAUUUAAUCUAGUCAAUGACUGAUGUUCCAGAUAAUCAGACAUGCUUUAGGCCUGUAUGCUGCUACCCUACCUUUCCUGAUGGGCUUAAGUAGCAUCUGUAAAUGCCAGUUGAUUCCUGAAAGCCCUCUAACUCCAAAUGCUAGUGGUUGAGUUUUAUCUUUUUAGGCUUUCUGUACCAUAGUUGGAUCCCAGAGUUAAGAACAUUGUUGUAAUAUAAGUUCUAGAGAAAUUUCAGUUUAACACUGUGCCAAGCUAUAAUUCUCUAGAGGUUAGAUAGGAAAAGUUAUGUGUCUCAACUUUGGGAUUUGAAAGUUUUAACUUGAGCAUAUCAGACUCACUGGGCAAAGGGAUCAACUUGAUUCCAAUUAUUUUCUUGUAUUAAUCUUAAGUGCACUUCAUGUAUUUCUUGUAAGAAGACCUUUCAGAAAAUGAGAACUUUAUCUUGUUCUGACUUUUAAAAGUCAAAAUACGAAUAAAUUUAAUAAUUUAUUAAA